AUGGCUGGUGUUAAGAGAAGAUUAUGUAGUGAUUCAGAUAUCCAUGCUCUUCACAAAGAAUUGGAUGAAGUUUCAUGUCCUAUCUGCAUGGACCAUCCACAUAAUGCUGUUCUCCUCCUUUGCAGCUCUCAUGAGAAGGGCUGCAGAUCUUACAUUUGUGAUACAAGUUAUAGACAUUCAAAUUGCUUGGACAGAUUUAAAAAAAUGAGGGAGAAUUCUAAGGAGAACCAAAAUUUACCCAGUUCUUUAGUUAACACAAACAAUUCUGGUAAUAGUUUUGAUAUUAAUAUUACUAUGCAAUCUGACAUGCAUGAUGUUAAUGAACUCCAUCAAAAUGAAAUUAAUACUCUAUUGUCUGUUGGACUUGCACAAGGAUCAAGACAGGGUGAUGCCCAAGAUCCAAGUAGGCAUUUAGACCCACAUGAUGAAGGAAUUUUAGAAACUGCUGAUUCUGAGACCUUGCAGGACAGGGCUGUGCAUGAGGAUUUACAUACAGAUAAUUCAUCUGAGUCAAAAUUGAAUUUGAAAUGCCCUUUAUGCCGAGGUGCAGUAUUGAGCUGGGAGGUGGUUGAAGAGGCUAGAAAUUAUCUGAACCUGAAGAAGAGAAGUUGCUCAAGGGACUCGUGCUCAUUUGUUGGUGAUUAUCUGGAAUUGCGAAGGCAUGCAAGGAGAGUUCAUCCUACUUCUCGUCCCUCUGACAUUGAUCCUACAAGAGAAAGAGCCUGGCGACAUUUUGAACGCCAGAGAGAAUAUGGCGAUAUUAUGAGUGCUAUUCAGUCUGCCAUGCCUGGAGCUGUGCUAGUUGGGGACUAUGUUCUUGAGAAUGGAGAUGGUAUUGGUAGGUUAUCAGAUGAACAUGAAGGCAACAUGAGCAAUGGAAACGGGCCUUGGUUAACGACCACUAUCUUGUUUCAAAUGAUGGAUAGUACCAUUGAAAUUGUUAGGGAACCAAGAGCUCAUUCAAGUGCAUGGACGAGGCACCGCCGUUCAUCUGAAACCCGGCGCUAUCUUUGGGGUGAGAAUUUACUCGGUCUUCAUGAAAACGACAUUGAGAAUGAUCUGAGAAUAUUUAGUGAUGCAGGUGAAGAUCCAUCUCCUGUCCCAAGGAGGCGUCGACGUUUGACCCGAACGAGGUCCAAUUAA